UCAGCGCGCCGUUGACUCAUUAAAGAGAAAAGAGCGAAACGAGGGAAGAACCUGGUGGGAAGUAAUGGAGUUGCUUAGUAUGACAAUGCGAGUGGCUGCCUGACGGAUAGCUGUGCCUACGAAGAUCUCUAAUUAACAAAACAUGCAUUGGUACGAUUGAAGGGCUUGGAGAAAUAUCAGUGCCGAUGACGUGAAUGAAGAGAAUUUGGUCGGUGAAUCGUGGAAUCGGAUGUGCGCGUAAACAGGAAAAUAAACUAAACAAGUCUACUUCUCAAGUGUUCGUAUGUUAAUCGAUCGCUGUGUCUAAAUAUUUAAUAUACACACCCACUUUACCGGUUAAAAUAAAAAAAACGAGCAAAAUGUUCGGAACAAAGUUCCGUUCGUGGAUGGAAGCUCACAUAGUGCGACCGAGGAAGAAGAAGGAUCGGAAAAAGGGAGAAAAGGGUUUCGACUCAAACUGCAAUUCACCAAGCAGCCAUAGUGGCAACAGAUCCCCAGCUCUACAUCAGGUUCAUCCGGCAGAAGCGCCGUCGAAGAACCUCGAUACGAUUCAUCUGCACGCCUCAGCGUACACGACGGUCACGACGUCGUCUGGGACGUCGGCUGGAACUGGGAGCGUCCAUCUAUCGUCGCCUGAGAGCGCCUAUAGCACGGGUUACUCGACAGACGGGACUUCGCCCGGGGCUAGUUACCCCCCGGAAUAUUACAUCAACAUCAGGACGGGGACCCAUUAUUUCCAGAGUAGCAAGGGUGGCGACAAAAAGGUCGGUGAGGAACCUCCCGUCCCCCCGACCGACAGGGGAAACGACCAGAAAUUGAUCCGACUCACCAACGGAAUGGAGUCCAAUACCAGGGUCAACCCCAAGGAGUUUAGGGAUGCCAGGACCAGCACCCCGAACAAGAACCCCGAAAAUAACGUCUCGCAAACGAACCACGCGGCGGUCCAGCGACAACAGCAGCCUGUCCAGCAGAAGCUCCCAGCUCACAGAAGGACCGAGUCCUGCUCUGUGGACGCAUUGCGGAUUUCGAAUUUCCUCCCGGUUCCGACGUCCAUGCCCCCGCCGCUGAUCCCCUCGCCGCCGCUCCAGUCCCCCAGACAGCGUUCCCGCAUCCGGACGAACCCGUGGCUCUCGGCCAAUUCCUCAGGCUCGAGUACAACGGGGGUUAAAUCCCGACUCACCAUUGACGAAUCGAGCAGUAGCUCGGGUCUGAAGCUGACGGAAUCUUCGGGCAGCGCAAGCGACGUGAACGUGAACAUCAACGUCGUGAGGAAUUCCGAAUUUCGACCUGGGAGUCUCAGCGCCGGUCGUAGUCCGAUCAAUCAAAACUGGAGGAUCUCACCGCGGAUGGAGAUUCGUUCCAAGGUUCCGAUCCCGGUGGCACGCUGCAGCAGCAGCUCGUCGGGUUCGUCGUUGACGCGAAGCGUGCGUUCGUCGGAGGACGACAUAACGCUCAACGAGAUGAUGGGUAAAUACGACGAGAGUUACGUGUACGAGAAGGAGACGGAUAUCCUGUCGGACAGCGACCCGACGGACUGCGAGGACUACGUCGAUUCAUUGUCAGACAUCGACACGGGCCAGGACGGCGGCGACGAGAACGAGCCCUUUGAGAACGACGACUUCGACUUCAUCGACAACGGGUCGAUCCUCGAGCUCGACAAGCUGGAUUCGUACGCUGGCUUCCGGAACACAGGCCACUGCACGUACUUCACCUUCAGCAGCGAGCUCAGCCGGAAGGGAACGCGGCUGCGGGAGUCGUUCCUGCGACGAAGGACGAAGGAUGAGAGCAGCUCGCACAGAUCGAGCGUGAGAAGCGGAUCGAGGCGGCAAAGCACGAGGGGAAGAAAGGCGGACGAGAAGCCGUCGGACAAGCGGAAGAAGCGGGUGUCGCAGCGUCGGAAGCAGAGCUUCGCCGAGAAGUGCGACGACGAGACGGCAAACCUGAACCGCGUCCUGGUAGAGCGGAUGCUGUUGAAAAACUCCGGGUUCAAUCAAGGCAGCCGCAGCGUCGGCGGGACGCCGAUCUGCCUUCGGCGACGGAAGUGCGACGUGAACAAGAACCUCUCGCCCGUCAAGCUGAUCCAGGACAGCGCUCUGGUGCGCUCGGUCAUCGCCGAGAACGAGGUCGCCAAACGGCGGUCCAACUCCGUCAGCUACGUGAACGGAAACGCGGUGCGGAGCCGGCUCAUCGGCGGUGCCUACAUGGCCACCUUCGCCUCGGAGAUCGCGCUGAUGGAGGCGGACAAGGAAGCCGACCGGAAGUACAAGGAGCUGAUACUCGAGGCGGAGAACAUACUGGUCAACAUGAAGAACAACUCGUCACCGGUGGUCAUGCCUUCGCCCAGGAAAAUUCACAACGGACUGGCCAACAAGCGCGUAGAACUCAUCAAGAACACGGAGCUGAAUAUCGAGCUGGCGCUCUCGAAGAGCAGGAACUCGCAGCCCGAGCUCCAGAGCGGAAGCAUCAGGGACUUGGAGCACACGAGCCCGAAGAGACAGUUCGCUCAGCCGUGUUCCCCCAUACGCAAGUUCAUGGAGCGGAAUUCACCUGGCGGUAUCAUCGUCAAGGAGAAUUUUUACAAGCAGGACGUGCAGGUCAAAUGCCCGAGUUCACCGAUGAUGCCCAGGAGAACUCCGCAGAACUCACCUAGCCGGAGCCUCGUCCAAGCUAGCAGACUUCAGAUCACCGAACGGGAUAUUAAUCACGAUGUCAAGAGCAGAGAGCUUCAGACCUUUAUCCACAACGGUGUCAACUCCCCGAGGCAGCUCAAGGAUAGAACCGUCGGAUCUCCCUACCUCAAUGCGCAUCGGGAUUCCCUGAUUCAGAAGGAAAAACUACUCCUUGACAAAAAGGAAGUCAGGUCUUCGAGGGCCCUCAAAGACGAGGGACUGACAUCAAGCUCGUCGGAUUCCGACGAUAGGUGCGACGUCAGGAAGAAACCACCCUUACCUACCUUCAGAUCGAUUGAUAUCGGACCGACGCGGGAGGGUUCUUCAUAUUGUCCCCAAAGUGAACCAGUUAAGCGAAAAGUAUACGCAGGUAGCGUGACUUACGGGCGGAUACAAAAGUCGCUGGGGGAGCACAAUGUCGCUUUUAGAAACUCCGACGGUGACACGGCUACUGACGACACGGAUGACUCGAAACGAUCGUUGAAAGAGAAAGUGGCCCAGCUCCGACAGGAGCGAUUAGCAGCGGAGGCAAAUAUGAACUCCCAAGACACGCAGCUGUACCAGCAUCAGUUAUCUCAGCUGAGGAGACAGAAGUUGGUGCAAACCAUCGAGGGUCUAAAACGAAGUUUGGAAGACCAGUCGGCAACACUGAAGCAAACUUGCCUUGAAGCUGUUCUCGACAAUGACGUGAAUUAGACGAAUUCUCUCUGCGCAUAGCAUAACAAAAAGAAAAAGAAUCUCGCUGCUUAGCAGCUGCGUGAUUUUUUCGAAGCGUCAUUUAAUCGUAAGUAGUAAAUUGAAUAGCCGUACUGAAAGGAGAGCGCAAAAAUGUGCGUCGAGAAUUGCAAUCGAAGCCAACAUAUCACCUCCAGUUCUUGUUA